AUGGUUCCGCAAUCGAAGUUGCUCCCGCCUGGUCGAUCUGUGAAGCAGCUGCUGUCAGAGCUCACACAUCUCUACCUGCAUCACCGCACAAAAAUCUCGAGGACCGUGUACUUGACCCUGUUCCUAGCACUCAUCCAUCGAAUUCACAAUGCGAUCUCUGAGCAGAAAGCAGCCACCCGUCGUCAAGCCGAGAUUCGCAGCCGGCCUAGCACCGGGGAUGUGGACAGCGGUCGCAAAAAGAGGGUGGAGAUAAAUCGAGAAUUCUUCCGCAGCCUGUUCAGAUUGCUCAAGAUUGUUAUACCCGGUGUCAAGAGCAAAGAACUGAGGCUGCUCGUCAGCCACAGUGUCUUUCUCGUUCUGCGAACCAUGCUGAGUCUGUACGUCGCUGAGCUCGACGGGAAGGUCGUCAGCAGUCUGGUCAAAGGCAAAGGCCGCGAGUUCCUCCUCGGACUCGUCUGGUGGAUGAUGGUGGCAGUCCCAGCGACUUUUACAAACUCAAUGCUUCAAUACCACCAAUGCAAACUCUCUCUUCAAUACCGAACUCGACUCACGAACCACGUGCACCAGAAAUACCUUUCGCACAUGACGUUCUACACUCUUUCCGCCCUAGAUGACCGAAUAAAGAAUGCAGAUCAGCUAAUAACCGUUGAUAUCUCCCGGUUCUCGAACAGCCUAGCAGAGCUCUAUUCCAAUCUUGCGAAGCCGAUCCUUGACAUGGUGAUCUACAAUUAUUCCUUAUCAAAGAGCGUCGGCGGAGAGGGCUUGUUCAUGAUGAGCUUGCUGGUGCAAAUCUCGGCGAAUGUCAUGAGAGCAUUAACACCGCCGUUUGGCAAGUACGUGGCGGAUGAGGCUCGGUUGGAAGGCGAAUUUAGAUUUCAGCAUACUCGAUUGAUCGAUUACAGCGAGGAAAUUGCAUUGUAUCAUGGUCAGGAGGCGGAGAAGGACACUCUCGAUAAGGGCUAUUUCACGCUCAUCAAACAUGUCAAUCGCAUUUUACGGCGUCGGUUCUACCAUGGAUUCAUGGAGGAUUUCGUCAUCAAAUAUUUCUGGGGUGCAUUGGGCUUGGUCCUUUGCAGUGUGCCGGUCUUUUUCAAAGUGCCCGGGCAGGCAUUGAAGAAUAUGGGUGAAAGAACAGAAAGCUUCGUCACCAACCGUCGAAUGCUUUUGUCGUCAUCAGACGCUUUUGGUAGGGUCAUGUUCUCUUAUAAGGAGAUCACAGAGCUCGCAGGAUACACUUCGAGGGUGUCGGCCCUUCUCGAUGUUAUGGACGAUGUGACUGCUGGUCAUUUUGAGAAGAAACUAGUCUCGUCAGCUUCAACCGAGGAGAACGCAGCCGUUCUGACUGGGCGUGGCGAGAUUAUCGAAAGUGAAAGUAUCGAGUUUACUGAAGUGCCUAUUGUGUCGCCCAACGGAGACGUUCUCGUGAAGAAGCUGACCUUCUCUAUUCAACCUGGCGACCAUCUUCUCAUCGUCGGUCCGAACGGGUGCGGGAAGUCUUCGCUCUUCCGCAUACUCGGUGGUCUCUGGCCAGUUUAUGGGGGCUUAGUCAAGAAGCCUAGCUUCGAAGACAUCUUUUACAUUCCCCAGCGUCCAUAUCUCUCACGUGGGACUCUGCGCGAUCAGAUCAUCUACCCCGAUUCGCUCUACGAGUUCCGUGCAAAAAAGGCUGCCGAGAAUGAUCUCCUUCAGAUCCUCAAGAUUCUGGAGAUUGAAUCCAUUGUCGAUCGUCAAGGAGGCUGGGAUGCGGUUGAGGAAUGGCGUGAUGUUUUUUCAGGGGGUUUACAGCAGCGCAUUGCCAUGGCCCGACUAUUCUACCAUAAACCGAAAUAUGCCAUUCUUGACGAAUGCACGAGCAGCGUUACUUUGGAAGUCGAAAAGAAGAUGUACGAUACCGCGAAGAGCUUAGGAACUACGCUCAUGACUGUCAGUCACAGAAGGAGUCUAUGGAAAUACCACAGUCGCAUUCUGCAAUUCGAUGGACAAGGUGGAUACAUUUUCACCCACCUUAAUGCAGAGAGGCGAUUGGAACUCGAGGAUGAGAAGGAGGAGCUCGACAUGCAGCUCAGAGCUGUUCCCGAGAUCGAACGACGUGUGGCUGAAUUAACCUCUAGCUGA